AUGGAGGAGAGUCCAUUCGCCUUCAAGGGCUUCUUGGUGGAACGUGUCCUCGACCACCUGGAGACCGAGGAACUGCUCGCCUGCGCCGAGGUCAACCGGCUGUGGCAGUCGGUUGCCCUGUCCUUGCUGCGCAGGAAGCUGAUCUCCGUCUCCGUUCGCUGCGCGCCAGACUCGGAGAGGGCCGUCCCAGUGUCGGCGCUGGGCAGCUCCCACGUGUGCGUGGACAUAUUCUGCUCAAAGUUCGCUCGCUACCGGAACAUCGCACGCCUGGCGGGGCUACGGCCAUCGCUGGUGUUUCUAUCUUACCACGCCGACCUGAACGAGGACAAACGAAUUUUGUCUAGCCUUUUGGAUUUCCUGCCUCCGGAUUCGGUCAUCGUGUACUGCAAGCUCGAGCUUGCCCGAACCAUGUACGACGACGUCCUACACGAAGGUAUCUUUGGCGAGUUUCUGUUCAGCGCCGAUGAAGAACGCCCGUCCACCUCGGCGGCGCCGCUACAAUUUCCGUGGGCGCACGGAUACCGUCAGGCGUCGGCGGUGGGUGGUGAUGGAGGCGCCGUCUUCCGCAACGUGCUUCCGGGCGUCCUCGUCUUCAAGUCGUUGCGCGUCACCGAGGCUAACAUCGAGGGCAACGCGGUGACCUCGCACUUCGUGAAGGAGGCUACCGAAAAGACCGUGCAGAUAACGUCCGCUACCGUCUUCGGCGGAAUGUCCCGGAGCCAGCUGGACCCGUUCAUAAGGCGGCUGAGCGAGCAGUUCGGCUCCACCGACGGCACCAUCGCCAUGGCGUUUCCUCGCAACCAGGACGAGGCGCUCGGAGAGCUGGAGGCCUUCGAGCGCUGUUUCCCGUCGGUGCCGGCGUUGGCCAACCAGGCCACCGAGUUCAACGUGGACGGUCCGUUCGCGCCGAUGAGCCGGCUCAAGCUUGUACUGCUGCUCAUCAAGCUGCUCGACUGA